AUGAACAGAGUCGUCGACGACUUUGAGGAAAUGAGCAGAAAAGCUGAUCAAGUCCAGAAACAAACAUUAAAAGACAUUCUACUCAAGAACCAAUCCGCCAUUUACUUACAAAAAUUUGGGAUCAAUGAAAACACAACAGACUCAGAAGCUUUAAAAGCAUUGAUUCCAUUAGUCACUGACUUUGAGUUAGAGCCUUUCAUCCAAAGAAUGAGAUUGAUAAUCUCUCUGUUUAACAGCUCUGGAACUAGUCAAGGCCGACCAAAGUUUGUUCCUUUUACUGAUGAGUUAAUAGAGAACACUAUACAACUCUUUCGCACUGCUUUUGCCUUCAGAAACAGAGAGUACCCUAUUGAUGACAAUGGGAGAGCUUUGGAAUUUAUCUUCAGCAGCAAGCAAUACAUAUCAACAGGAGGCGUCCCCAUUGGAACAGCAACAACAAAUGUUUACCGUAACCCUAACUUCAAAGCAGGGAUGAAAUCAAUUCAAUCCCUUUGUUGUAGUCCAGACGAAGUUAUCUUCAGUCCUGAUGUACAUCAAGCCUUGUACUGCCAUCUCUUAUCAGGAAUCCUCUUCAGAGACCAAGUUCAAUACGUCUUUGCUUCCUUCGCUCACGGUCUUGUCCACGCUUUUAGAACCUUUGAACAGGUCUGGGGAGAGAUCGUUACAGAUAUUAAAGAAGGUGUUUUAAGCAACCGUAUCACCGUCCCUUCGGUACGUUACGCUAUGUCUAAGCUUCUCAAACCUAACCCUAAGCUAGCGGAGACGAUUAGAACUAAGUGUUUGAGUUUGAGCAACUGGUAUGGGUUGAUUUCCGCAUUUGUUCUCGAACGCAAAGUAUGUUUAUGGGAUCAUGACUGGCUCCAUGGAGCUGUAUGUGAAGAAGCUGAGACAUUACGCUGGUGA